UUCGAGGCGACUGAUGAAGUCUGCCGAUUAUUGAUCUGAUAUAAUAUCCAGAAAUAGAAAUUAGUCUGUCAUUAAGGCCAGAUUGACACAUGAAAUGACAGACAUUCGAGGACUACCCAAAUUUAAGUAGAGGAGACUCCGGGGAAAGAGUAAUCAUCUUGCUCUUACUUAAAUCGAACUCCGCCAUUUUGUGUUAUUCAAAAGUCUUGAGAUGGCUAAAAAGACCUAUGAUCUGUUGUUUAAAUUGCUUUUGAUUGGAGAUUCCGGCGUAGGAAAGACUUGUCUUCUUUUUCGCUUUUCCGAUGAUGCUUUUAAUACAACAUUUAUCUCUACGAUAGGUAUCGACUUUAAAAUAAAGACGGUUGAGUUAGGAGGCAAGAAAAUAAAACUGCAAAUAUGGGACACAGCUGGACAGGAACGCUUCCACACCAUCACCACUUCCUACUACCGUGGAGCCAUGGGCAUCAUGCUUGUCUAUGACAUCACUAACACAAAGUCUUUCGAAAAUAUAUCCAAGUGGUUAAGGAAUAUUGACGAGCAUGCCAAUGAAGACGUAGAAAAAAUGAUUUUAGGUAAUAAAUGUGACAUGGAGAACAAACGUCAAGUCUCAAAGGACCGUGGAGAGUCGAUUGCAAAGGAACACUCGAUACCCUUUUUAGAAACCAGUGCAAAAGCUAAUAUAAAUGUGGAAAAAGCUUUUAUGGAUUUAGCUAAUGCAAUAUUACUGAAGACCCCAGGUAGAGAUUCAGAGCCCAAGGGAGAGACCCUAACUGGUGGUUCUAAACAAGAAAAGAAAAAUUGCUGUUCAACAUAAUGAUAUGUUGGGCAAAUAUACAAAGACAGUUUUCCUUCGCCGACUGUUGGUUCUUCCUCCUCUCCCUCACCUGUUGAGGAGAGUGACAGAUGGACCUGACUGUCAGUUCUCCCUCCUCUCCCUCCCCUGUAGAUGGGAGUGAAAUGGACUUGACUUUUGGUUCUCUCUCCUCUCCAUCCCCUGUAGAUGGGAGUGACAGACAGACCUGUACUUUGUGCAUUUCCACACAAGACACAGAUUCAUAUUCUGCCACUUUGCAUUGAAGCAGAUCUAGUCGUUUAGCCUUUUGAAGUUUCCUACACCAAAUUUUUAUCCUUCUCAUUUUCCUUAGCGCAGAAAAUGUUCUUUUCAAACAGUCUUGAAAUAGAAUGUUAUUAAUAAUUUGCUAUUCAAGAUUAGAAUAUAUCUUAUGUUUGAUAUUUAACAUUAAUAUAUUGAGUUUAAACCAUUUUUUAGGGGAAAGAUGUCUACUCAAAACUAAUUACUUUUUUCCCACUCGAACUAGAUUGAUGGGAUGAUACAGAUUCAUUCAAUUCUCUAGAUGUGACAUAGAGUAACAUCAGAAAGAGGGAUGUGCUUUUUCAUUGCAUCAAACUGACUUCAAUUGAUUUUUUACCACCAAAUUUGCUACGUUGCAUGCUUCUGAUUGUUCAAAAUCAUAAUAAAGUGAGGCCCCUCCAUUCACGAUAUUUUGAUUACAGCUGGAGUUGAAAUUUUGGGGUGUGAUAAAUUUAACAAAUUAUUCAGACUGCCAAAAUUAGAAAUAUGAUUAUUCAAGAAUAUUUUCAAUUGUGAUGAAGUAUGUGUCAUUAUUUAUUCAGUCAUAUGAGUCUUAUCUUUCUCAUCAGAAACAACUGGUGGACCAGUUCACAUUACUUGACUUUGUCGCUGUACUCUGUAUGUUUUUCUUGUUUUCAUAAAUCAUUGGUCAUUACACUCUGAUGUGUUACUGUAUGUGAGAAAAGAAGUACAAAUUCAGUAAUGAUAAAACCUAAAUAAGCCUGUAUCUUUUUAUGUUUCGAUUAAAGUCAUGUCUUUGGAUGCCUUUCAAGUUAUAGAAGAGAACACAAGUUGUAGUACUGACUGUGGUCUAUAUGUAUCAAUGUGAGAAAUAGGUUCUCAUAGGAGUGAUUAUUUGCUUAUCAAACAGAAAUAAAUGAUUAAUUACAUUUUAGAAUUUUCAACACUGUAUACAAUUUUGUAUUGUAAUGUUAUUUGAAUUCUUACUUAAUAUUUUCAUAUGACUGAUGAAAAUUAAAAUUUUAAUUUUCAAACAUCAGAUGUGAAAUGAAAUACUUAAUCUCCAGAUUUGUAAAUACAAAUUAAAGGAAUAUUUACCCUAAUAAGAACAUUCUGAACUUAAUAUUAACUCCACAAUCUCUUGCAGCCUUCAAAGUUUGAUUCUUUGUAUUCCAUUCUAGGUUUCCUGAAGGUUUUUUUUUAUUUAAAGUCUUAGUACCUGUGCAGCUUGUAUAAACAUUUUAGAAAGUCAAGUUACAGACAAAUCAGAUUUGAACAAUUUAAUUUUUAAAGUUGAUGGGGUGUUUUUUGUGAUUCAAGAGUCAUACUUUCUUUAAUUGCUGUGCCCUGUGGUAACCACUGGCCAUGUGUUAAGAUGUCUGAAUUCCAUCACUGUAUAGCCUGAUGUACAGCUUGCUACAUAUAUGUUGUUCUAUCAGUGUUCGUCACAUGUGAAAAAGUGAUUUAGUUAUAUCAUUAUAUAACACAAUUUAAACUGUAGCUGGCAGCCACAGAAGGUACAUACAUCUGUUUUUAGUUUUAGUCGAUAUCUAAUGUUAGGAUAAUCAAUAAAAUUUUACAUUGACUUUAGGUACUGCAGUGAUAUCAAAAAUUUGAGAAAAAAUAAUUCACACCAUAAUCACAACUGUAGCUUGAGUUUCACAAACUGUUUAUGUUUGAUUUAAGGUUAAGAGAUUUUUAGAAUAUGUCAAAUCUGGUGUUUUCGUUGUACAAUAUUUUGGUAGUUUGAUGCAUGCUCAGUGUUACUUUGAAGUGAUUUUGUAUACCACUAUGUAAUGGCAUGAUCAUCAGAUUGAGUGUAUUGUACUGCUUUUACUGGGGACCUUUUAAGGCCCACCUUCUAGAUCAAAUAUUAAAGUCAAAGUUGAUGUAUCAUGUAGAAACCAAACAUGGGGCUCUGAUUCAAUGUCACAUAGAGAUCAACUUGUGUGUCAGUUAUUGUCAAGUCCCUGCCUCAAUGUUGCACACUGAAGUCAAAAGUGAUUUAAGGAUUUUAGAUUUAUUCAGUGCAUUUAAAGAAAGAAUCUAGCAAUACACAUAAGAUCACAGGUCAAAUAUGGCACUUUAUGCUUUUGCAUAUAACUUCUUAAAUUCUGACGAUUAUUAAUGAAAUUUAACUUAAUUACUAAGGUAAAUAUUGUUCAAAAUAAACAAUCUGUUUUUACAUUUUACCCUUUUGUUGGUAUAUUCAGCAAUUAUAAAUUUAACUUUAGAUGAGAUAAUUACAGGAAACACAUGUACUUUUGUUAGUGAGGUUGGUUAUAUUGCUAUAAUGAAUCUCUCUGUAAAGUAAUCCCAAGUAAACAGAGAGUGUUACUUCCUUGUGUUUUAGGGUGAUAUUUUGUCCCAUUGAUUUACCUCCCUUGUGGAAGAGUGAUAGAUUUGUGUCCCAUUAAUGAGAGAUUGUUGCUUCCCUUGUGAAAUGUAGAUUAAGCAUAACAGAGGAAGUUAUGUCCCUUGUGCAUGAGUAAGACGAGAGUUGUUUCAUUUUUGUAACAGAGGAUGAAAGAUCAUGUUGCUUGAUUUGGGCAAAACUGGGACAUUGUCAUUGUGUUACACACACAUGGAGUUGUCCCCCCUUUGAAAGAGAUUAGAGAGAGUUACCUCCCUCAUUUCACAUCCUUUUGUAGUGCUAAUAUGGUAAUGCAAUCACAUAGCACUUAUUUUGCAACAGUAUUUAUGUGUACAUUGCUGUAAAUAAUGUAGUUUGUGUUUAUAUCUCUACAUUUUUAUAAAAGUCCUGAGUUUACAUGUGUUUUGUUUAAAAAUGCAGUACCUGGUACGAUGGCUGAAAAUUAAAGUAGGAGAGUGCCAAUGUUUUGUCACUUUGGUGACAUUCAUAAUAAGACAAGGAAAGAAAGUCUUUUCAUUAUAUUACUGUUCAUUUUUAGUUGUAUUGUAUUACUGACUUUUAAUUGUACACAAUAUAUAUAGAAGUAGGACUAAAAGCAUGCCAUAGUAGUGAAUGUAAGCCUGGACACCUAAAGUCUGAGUGGUGGAGUUAUGAAAACGUACAGUGAUGCUACAUCGCAUAAUAACGUUUGCUGUAGUUGUGUAUUAAUAUUCUAUAUCUCUGUUUGUAGAUGUGCCAGAUCUUGGAAGGGAAAGUUAUUUAUCACAUGAUAAGUCCCAGUUUCCCAGAAAAAGGUUACUAAAGUUCAGAUUUGUUUUAAAGGAAUAUACUAGCUUAUUGUUGAUUUCCCUCAGUUGGCACUCAUACCAUUUAUGAUAGUCAUGCUCUUUUAUUGUUGAGAAUUAAUUGUGUUGUUGGAAAUUUCUUUCCUAUUUUGAAUGAAGAUUGCUCUACCAAAUCUAUUGUAACUAGAUUUUGAUCUAUUAAUGCAUGAAACUCUUUGAUUGAUAUAUUUAAGAAAAAAAUGUUUUUCCCUUAGGGUUAAAAGAUGGGACAUUGAUAGAAAUUAUCAUUUUUAAGACUGCCUUCAUAUUGGCUUAUUUUCAUCUGAAAGCAGACAAAUGUUUGUAUAGUGGAAGAGAAAAAACAAAAAUAUUGAUUUGGAAUAAGGUUAUUCACUUGAACCUGAGUGUUACAUAGUGGGUGUUAUGCUACAGGCAUUUUUUUGAUUACCAAAGAUGAUGUUGGAUCACUGAUUGGAAAAUGCCUAUAUUUUAUUGGGCUAGAACAGCUCAGGAAUGAGCAAAUUGGACAAAGGUUACAUUACUUAAUCACUUCUGUAGUUCAUUUUGAGAAGUGUUUGCUGUUCAUUUCCUCAUUGGACACUUCACAACCUGUUUGCUGUCUGACCUUGAUUAAAUUUUCAAGCCCUUUCACACAGUUGUUAUUAAGAAUUAUUAAAAUCUCAUGAUUUCAAAUAUCAAAUUAUCUUCUGCUGUACAAUAAAAACGUGGAUGUGUGAGGCUAAAAUGAAAACCAACAAACAGCAUUGAACUUGAUACAGUAAUUUGAACUACCAGCAUAUUGUAAAGUACUAUGUUUUCGCUGUCAUUUUUCGAGUGUACUUUAAUUAUUCUAAACUUAAUCCUUUUUUGAGGAUUGUUUUUUAAACGUUUGCCAUUGGGCUUGACAUAAUAAAAUCACCAGAAUCAAUAUAUGAAAGCUAUAGAAAAUCAUAUUUUAAAAGGGUACACAGUCAAAACCUAGUAUAAUAGAAUCUGUUGAAGUCAUCUAGAAAGUGUUAACAGUUCUAUAUGGAAGUCAAUCUUCCAUCAUUAGUGGGACAUGGUAAACGAUAGUGUAAAGCUAAUACUUUGUGUUUACUUUGGAGUUAUGGGUUUCUAAUAUGUAGAAUGUUUUUUCUUUUUGUACGUAAAUCCUGAUAUCUUUAAGCUUGGUAUGUCCGGUAUUGUAGUAUAAAUAAUUGAAUUGAAAAUAUCUGGCUAUUUGUCAUGUGUGUGUACAUUUAGAGUGAAAGGAUGCAAGUACCGGUAUGAAUGUAUGAGUGGUGUUUUUAAAAACCAACCCCCCACCCCACCUCCUCCCAAAUGUCUUUAAAUGUCCCAUUUUUUGUUAACAUGCUGUUUUGGCAGAUACUGCCAGGGGAUUUGGUGAUUUAUUUGUGCUUUGAUAAGUGGUUGGCUUAGCAAGUUUCCUCAUAUAGAACGUGUACCAGAAACAACAAAGAGAACAAGAACAGUCUCUUGUUUUUGUUUUAUAUCAUUAUAGCGUUUUCAAUAUUUUAUCAACAUAUAUAUAUAUAUAUUUUUUGGUAAAGCAAAUAAAUGAUAAACUUAAUUAAAGACUAUUCAAUGUUAAAUUGAAUAGAGGAGAUGGGCAACACUUGUAUCAAUUUAGCUGGUAUGUUACAUUUCAUCUGGUCACUAUAUGAAACUGUUAUCUUUUAAUUCACAGAUUUCGUUAAAAUCACUUAGGCUCAUUAUAGAUACUAUUUGUCCUGGAAUUGUUGGACGUUUUCCCCCUAAAAAUCUGAGUAGACCAAUACUACCUGAUUUAACCGUUAUUAUAUACAAUGUUAUGUAUAUAUCCAGUGUGUAUUGAUAUGGCUCCGCGUGCUCCUUUGUGUCAAGAAGCGCUGCAUUGUCCGUUAUUGUGUUGCUCAUUGGAAGUGUGUUAAAAGGUGUCUAGAAAAUCUGGGCUUUUCCAAGCUAACAAUAAUAAUUUUACAUGAUGUAGCUUCUAAUCAGUUUACAUAGAUUACAGUUCAUUAUUUAAGUGUACAACAUGUAUCAGCCUAAAUAUCAUGCAUUCACGCAUCAAAUCAGUAUAUAUACACUGAGACAUAAGAGGAAUAAAGGAAUUCUAAUUCUUAAA